AUGGGCUAUCAAACAUAUAUGCCAUCAUUCUUAGCUAAAGGAGCAAAACAGUUUACAACUGAAACUGCUAAUCAAACUCGAUUUGUCACAAAGAUUAGAUGGGUUAUUGAAAGCGCAAAUGGACGGGAUCUAAUAGCAAUUGUAUGCGCCUUACAAAAUUCUUAUGGUGCUCCAUUUAUUAAAUCCACAACAAAAGAUAAAGAACUAGCUCAACAAAUGUUGCAACUACGUGAUCAAACCAAUGAAUUAGGCGACUACGUGACCAAACUCAAAAAUAAGACUGAAAAACUUCUACAGUGGAAAGAACUGAAUGCAGUGGAUACGGCACCAGACUUUCCUCGCUUGACGUUUGAAGAAUUGAACGAUUUAACACUCGGAACUUAUCAACUUAUACAAGCAAAAUCAUACACGGUAGAACAUCUGUCAGUUGAUGGAAAAUAUGUCGUUAAAGUAGCAAAAGAUCGAACUGAUCUUAUUAAAGCUAAAAUACAAUCAAGACACAAAAGUUCUGUGGCAUAUGAUGUAUGGAUUAGAUAUUCAUCGAGAACAAUUUUGGGUUGGUAUUGUACUUGUCGAGCUGGUGCGAGAAUUGUGGGUUGCUGUGCGCAUUGUGCAUCAAUUAUAUGGUAUUUGUCAUUCGCGCGCCAUGAGCCCGACCAGCUCAAGCAAGAAUCAUCGUCAUUCUUAAAUUCUUUGGUCGACGCUGCUGACUACUCAGAUAUAUCGGAUGAAAGUGAUACUGAAACAGACUCUGAUGAUGAUAAUUUGUUUUAUGCGUUGGCUUAA